AACAAGAAGGAAAAAAAGAAAAGAAAAAAAAAUAUGAGGGUAAAGAGAGCAUCAGCAACAGUACCUCCACGCCCCCGGUCCCUAGUGAGAGAAAAACUAAGAGAAAAAGAGAGAAGAAAAAAAAAAGCUACAAGAAAACAAGAUCCACCUCGAACCUCUCUUCAUCUUCAACCCUUUUGUGAAUUGUGACCCCCCUUCUUCAUCAUCCAUCGCCCUCAUAGUUCUUGACCCCCUUCAUCUUAAUCUUCAGAAUCAUCCUUGCCCAUCUUCCCUUUUCUCUGUUUCUCUGUGUUCUUUUGAUUCACAGAAGGAUUCUUGUAUCUGGGUUUUGUCUAUUUCUGUUUAUUACUGUUGCUAAUCGUAUUAAUUGACUUGGGUUCUCUUUAGUUUCUGGAAAUUUUUGUUGUUUUUGGGCUUCUUCUUGAAAGGGGGGUUUGAACUGUUGACCAGGAGGAAGAACAGUGAAUUGGGUUGGAGUUUGAUUUGGGGAAUAAUGAGAGAAGAACACUCGAAUUGGUUCUCUAGGUGGGAAGAGGAGCUUCCAUCUCCAGAUGAAUUGAUGCCUCUUUCUCAAACCCUAAUAACCCCCGAUCUAGCUUUGGCUUUUGAUAUUCAGAAUCCUAGCAAUAGCAGUCCGCCGUUGCCUUGCCCAUCUCCGCCGCUUUCGAAUCCUCUGCCUGGCUCUGGCAACGGAAUUGCUCCGCCCAACUCGGCGGAUUUCGGUGAUUCUGCCGAUUUGGGCUCCGGCGCCGCCGGUGACGAGCCGGCUCGGACCCUCAAGCGGCCACGCCUUGUUUGGACGCCUCAACUCCACAAGCGUUUCGUCGAUGCUGUUGCUCAUUUGGGGAUCAAAAAUGCCGUCCCCAAGACCAUAAUGCAGCUCAUGAGUGUAGAUGGCUUGACUAGAGAGAACGUAGCUAGCCAUUUGCAGAAGUACCGCCUCUAUCUCAAGCGGAUGCAGGGCUUGUCCGGCGGCGGCGGUGGCGGCGGUGGCGCUUUGGUUGGUUCCUCCGACCCCGCCACCGACCAUUUGUUUGCUAGCUCCCCAGUUCCACCCCAUUUGCUUCACUCUGCUCGUACUAGUUCAGACCAUUUCUUGCCCUUUGUUCCCAUGGCCACUCUGCAGCAACACCACCAUCACCAGCAGCAGAUGGCUGCUGCUGCUGCUGUCGCCAGCCAUUCACAGCUCCAGCCGCCGUAUCAUCGGCAGGUCGGGCAUUUCGGUUCGCCACCGAAUGGGCAGUUUGAGCAUCCAUUUUUAGCUAGACAGUCCCAGCCUAUCCAUAGAAUGGGAGCAUCAGUGCAUAAUUCAGUUCCUAAUUACAUAGAGGAUUUGGAAUCAGCCAAUGCCAGCGGAGGAAGAAAAGUCCUCACCUUAUUUCCUACUGGGGAUGAUUGAGCUUUGUUUGUUCCUCUUCACUGAUCUUUUCUGUUCUGUUCUAAUUCUUGUGGAAAUUGGUAUAAAUGUAUUAUGGGUCUGAUCUGAAAAUCUUGAUGUUAUCUUAGUUGUUGUUUCUAUAUAGUUCUUUCUAAUGUACCUCCAUAUCUAUUUAGUUGGCUUGGCUGUCAUUAAAAUAUGAAACUCAUGACCAAACCCAAAGUGUUCACUAGCUUACUCCUUUUACAUAUAGGUAGUAGAGAGACCCAUCCCUUUAAUGGUGGUAAAUAGAGGGAGGUAGGGAGUUUAUCUUUCGUCUGUCAAGUUUCCCCCACAUGUCCUGUUCUUUAUUGGUUGCUGUCUAUCAUAUCUGACGAUCAGUUCCUCCUCGUGUGGCUCGAACAGAAAAUAAUGCAAUUAGAUUUUUCUGCUUGCAGUUAUUCAGAUAUCAAAUUGAGGUUCAUAAAAUCCAAGAACCUGCUGCUGCUUGUGUAAUCAGGGUGGAAGAGGUUCAUAUGUUGAUAUUGUUGGGAUGAAGAAGCAACCAGCUGAGUUUUAUUUUUUGGAUUUAGAGCUCGAAGGACGACGGAUUAUGAUGAUGCGGGCAUGUGAUAUCUAUCCCUAGGUCAGUUUUCUGCAGAGAUAGUAUUUCUCUCACUUGUAUAUUAUAAAAGUUGAAAAAUUCAUAGUAUUUGAGCAUCUAUUUUAACAAUUCUGAGUUCAUUAGAAUGUUGGUGUAUUGACACUGUUACGUGAACAUUUUGAUGUGAUCAUUUUGACAUCUCAGUAAAUGAAUCCAUAUCUUUUAACCUUAUUUCCUUUA